UAUAGAGCCUCUGUAGUAGCCAGAUGGAACAGACUUACAAGUUGGUCAGCAAACCAAACUAACUCAACUUAUUCCAUUUCUUUCUUUUGCAAAGAGCUCUAACACUCAAGGGACCAUGGUUAUGUUGAAGAUCUCAGCUUUCCUUCUUGCCUAUGCCCUGAUCAUUUGCCAGAUGUACUGCUCUCAAGCCGCUCCUGCAAGGACUGACUUUGACUCAAAUCGAGUGGCGCUCACUGACUAUGAAGCCCGGAGGUUACUGAAUGCCAUUGUCAAAGAAUUUGUUCAGAUGACUGCGGAGGACCUGGAACAGCAAGCAAACGACGAAAAUAGCAUUACGGCACAGAAGCGGGCAUGCAACACAGCCACCUGUGUCACCCAUCGUUUGGCAGACUUCCUCAGCCGAUCAGGUGGCAUGGGCAACACUAACUUCGUCCCCACCAACGUGGGCGCUCAGGCAUUCGGACGGAGAAAGAGGGACAGCCAGCAGUGAAUGUAUAGACGUACAGACCUUGAGGCACUGGUAAUGACUGUGAGAAGAUCAAACACAAGACUCUUGAGAAUGAAGACGCGUCACCCUCACCAGAAUGGCCUCCAAAACAACAGCACUGAUCUCUUGCAUCCAAUCCAUGUUGAACAAACAAACAAACAUACAAACAAACAAACAAACUAUUGUUUUGCUUUAAAGAGAAGAAGAAACACACACACUUAUGAAAACAUGAAUGAUCAAUUAUUAUAUUGUUAUAUUACAUUAACAGAUAAUCAGAAAGUCCCAUUCAUUUGACUAGACAAGAGGGAAAGGGUGAGGGAGGUCUGUCUCUCUUCCAGCCUAGAGCACAUAUUUGGUGUGUCAACUGUAACCCAUGCUGCUGUGCCCGUUCUCACAGCAUUCUGCACAUUUCUUUCAGGGACACCAUUCAUUCCACCCGCAGAGGCUGGUCUUGGCUGUGUCUUGUGCCUUGAUGUAAACCACUUUACAUACAAAACAAAAACUCAUUACUGUACAAUAUGUUUAAAAAGACGAAGAAGCUUUGAGCUAUCAAGAGAAAUUCAUAUUGUAACAAUUGUGAAUUGAAGCAAAAUUAAAAUGUAUUUUAGAUACAUAAGGGUUGUUUUUUCUUCUGCUGAUUUGGUGACUCACCCAAACAUUAUUUGUGAUGGUUUCCCCCUACUUCAUGUAAAUAUGAUAAACCAUGUUGGAGCAAGAUAAUCUAAUACAAAUAUAAUAACAUAAAGCACAUUAAUUAUUUUGGCACCAGUAUUGUCCUAUUAUUACAGUACACAUAGUAAAAUGAUUAUAUGACUGCAUAAUGUCACUUGUGAAAAAUAUAUCACAAAGAAAUCUAUUAAGCAGUACAACAACAAAAACUGUAGCUCAAAUUGUUUUUUCCAUUUAAAUAUCUUUUUUUGCUGAACAACGCAUAAGAGAGUCAUUCUAAGGUAGGAGACUGCUGGAUUAAUGAAUGCCACAUAAUUUAAUUUAAGCAUUUGUUUAAACAAACAUUCAUUUUAAGUCUAAAUGUAUCUGAUCUCUCUAUUAGAAUGUGAUUCUGUGAUGUCAUACAUGUCGACUGUAGGCCUAAUUGGCCAUUGGCAUUCUUAACGAUGGCUUGUUAUAAAAACAACUGACCCUU